AUGGUUCCUAAACGGCAGAGAACUUCCUCCGAUGAUAGUUCAUCCAAGAAGAGGAAGGUCAUCACCAUGGUGGUAAAAUAUGACGUGGUCAAGCGUUUGGAGAAGGGAGAAACUAACACCGAGAUAGGUCGUGCUUUAGGGUUGAGCAGGACGACCAUGGUAACCAUAGUGAAGGACAAGGAACGUAUUCUGAAGCACGUUAAGGAUGCUGCACCGAUGAAGUCAACGGUGAUUAACAAGAAGCAACGUAGCCAGAGCAUUGUUGAAAUGGAGAAAUUCCUCAUGAUAUGGCUGGAGGACCAGAACCAGCGACGUGUUCCGGUGAGCUUAAGUGUGAUCCAGGAGAAGGCUAGAGCACUGCAUGAGGCAGUAGUGAAAAAGUUUGGAGAAGGCAGUGCUGGUGGUGAAUUUUCCGUGAGUAGAGGUUGA